AGGGCAAGCAGACUGCGGAGGGAACUGCCUGAGGGGAGGAGGAAUCUUCCAGAGGCUCAGCAAAGACUCCGUUUGGGAGAACGUCGCAGCACAGUUGGAUUUCCAAAGGUGUGUGAGCGCACACACCUCUGAGUCCUACCCGCUCCGGGCAGGUAACGGGCGGCCGACCUGACCACCAGUGCCCACUGAGCUUCCCCCGGACCACCCGCCCGGCGCCCAGCUGCAGCUACUUCUGCUGAAAGAAAGAAAGGAAAGGAGAAAAGCAACAGAGGAGGGGCUCAAGAAAGCUGGGAAGGAGUCCGCAGCCAGAAACCCUGCAGCAAUCUGCCAAGGGGGCGAGAAGCGAGCUUCCCUGGGGCAGUGGUUGCGCGCCGGCGCCGGGAGUGGAGGCGCGAGGGAGCCGGGACGCGGGCCCCCGGGAGCGGGGUGCGCCCAGCCUGAGGCGGUUGAGACCGGCCGGCGUCGGGGGCGGGGAGGGGGGAGUCUCGCGGCCGCUGGACCGUCCACCUCCACGGUCUCAGCCCGAGCGCGCCCGCCUCUCCCCGCGACCGCGACCCUUCUGAAGAGGGGCUCUUCUGGGCACGCAGUGCCUCCCCCCACUCCCUCCGGCUCCUGUUCUCCCGCCUUCUUUGCAGUGUCCAGAGAUGCUCCGCCGCAGACCCGGGACCCCUUAGGCGCCUCUUCCCGUCCCUCUGCCAAAUCGCGACGCCUGUACUUUUCCAGCUCCCUCUUUCCCUCUUGAAAUUGAAAGUUAUUGAGGUCGCUCAGGGUUGUUGCUCCAGCAGUUUCCUUCCCCGCCCCCGAGCUCCCCCCGCCCCCAGCAGCCAUCCCCCUCCCCUCCCCCCUCCCUCGCCCCGUCCCUCCCUCCCUCCCUCCCACCCACCCUCUCGCCCUCCCUCCACCACUGGAGCGGCUCCUGCUCGCGAACAGCAGAAGCAGCUCGGGGUCUCUCCGCCGCCCCUUGGCCAUGGCCGCGGUGCUGACGGCGCCCGCUCCCCUCCGCUCCCGGGGCCCCCGCCGCUGCCGCAGCAACCUCUAAGCCCAAGGGGCCGCCACCGUCGCCACCGCCCACCCGGAUCCCGCCCGCGGCCGCCGCCGCCGCGCACCAUGCUACCUGCGGCCGCCCUGGCGAGGCCGCUCGCUGCUUCUGGAACCCUCACUUGCGGCACUGACAGCCACCGUACGGGAGCCCCCGCAGCUCAGGGCUCGGACAGUUUGAAAGUACAGUAGUUGGUUUCCCUGACCACCCGACCCGCUUCGUUUGCCAUCCCAGCUCGCCUAUCGGAUCUGAGUGGAGGAGUCCGCUGCUUGGAUUCUCUCUUGCUCUCCAUAUACGCCUAACACCUACGUGUAUUUCUAAAACAUUCAAUAUUAAUUAACAAUCAAAAGAAAAAGGAGAAAAGGAAGGGAAAUAUUACUGGGUUACUAUGCACUUGCGACUGAUUUCUUGUUUUUUUAUCAUUUUGAACUUUUUGGAAUACAUCGGCAGCCAAAACGCCUCCCGGGGAAGGCGCCAGCGAAGAAUGCAUCCUAACGUCAGUCAAGGCUGCCAAGGAGGAUGUGCAACGUGUUCAGAUUACAAUGGAUGUUUGUCAUGUAAGCCCAAACUAUUUUUUGUUCUGGAAAGAAUUGGCAUGAAGCAGAUUGGAGUGUGUCUCUCUUCAUGUCCAAGUGGAUAUUAUGGAACUCGAUAUCCAGAUAUAAAUAAGUGUACAAAAUGCAAAGCUGACUGUGAUACCUGUUUCAACAAAAAUUUCUGCACAAAGUGUAAAAGUGGAUUUUACUUACACCUUGGAAAGUGCCUUGACAAUUGCCCAGAAGGGUUGGAAGCCAAUAACCAUACCAUGGAGUGCGUCAGUAUUGUGCACUGUGAGGCCAGUGAAUGGAGUCCUUGGAGUCCAUGCACGAAAAAAGGAAAAACAUGUGGCUUCAAAAGAGGGACUGAAACACGGGUCCGAGAAAUAAUACAGCAUCCAUCAGCAAAGGGUAACCUGUGUCCCCCCACCAGUGAGACAAGAAAGUGUACAGUGCAGAGAAAGAAGUGUCAGAAGGGAGAACGAGGAAAAAAAGGAAGGGAGAGAAAAAGAAAAAAACUUAAUAAAGAAGAAAGUAAGGAUGCAAUACCUGAUAACAAAGGUCUGGAGCCCAGCAGAGAAACUCCAGAGCAACGAGAAAACAAAAACAAACAGCAGCAGAAGAAGCGAAAGGUCCAAGAUAAACAACAGAAAUCGGUAUCAGUCAGCACUGUACACUAGAGAGUCCCAUGAGAUUGUUGUAAACUCGUGAUGCUGCUAUCUCCACCAGAUGCCCAGGACAGGUGCUCUAGCCAUUAGGACCACAAAUGGACAACGUGUCAGUUACUGCUCAGUCUAAACAACAUUCCAGAUAGUUGCUAUAUUCUUCAGACCAGCAUAGUUAACAACAAAGAGCUGAAAGUUCAAAGAAGGGAUGUUUUUGAAUGGUUAUCUUACGUGCUUCUGUGCAUUUUUAAGAGACAAGAAAUUUUGUACAUAAUCGUCAAUAGGCUAUAAGAUGUAACAACAUAAUGAUGACAUCUGGAGAAGCAACAUCUUUUCCCUAUAAAAGUAUUUUUUCGAGCUAUUGUUUAAAGAAGCAAACGAUAGUUCUGCAAAUUCAAAGAUGUGGUAUCCCUUCAAAAGAAACAGGAGAUCAGAGGAGAGAAACAUCUUUCAAAGGACAGUGUUGUUUUGUGCAGGAAAUCUAGAGAGUGCUCAGAUAUUAGGGCCUGGCAUUUGGAAUCAUAGAAAUUAUCACCACAGAAACAACUGUUUUAAGCUUGAUUCUCUUGCCCUCAUUUGUCCUUCUGCAAGAAGCAUGAGAGUGCACAUAUUUACAGAAUUAAAUAUACUGUAUGGGAUUGGCAAAAUGUGGAAGAAACCAUAGAGUUGGAGAUGACUUUUGGGCUUUCCAAAAUCGUGAAGGGUUGUGAUUACCUGGAACAGGUCUCCAGUCUAUGUCAGCAUCGUGUGGUUCAGCCUCUGCUACCCCUUGGGUUAUGUAAGUCUGUAAACAUGUACCUGUAAGUUACUUCCAAAAACAAAUCAUACUUAUUAGAAGAAAAUUCUGAUUUCAUAGAAAACGAAAACUAGAGCAAGGAAAAUAUAACAUGUUUGCAAAGUCAUGUGUUUUCUUUCUCUCUCAACGGAGGGGGGGUGGGGGUGGGGAACAAUCUUAUUACCUGCUUAAUGGUCCACCUGGAACUAAAAGGGAUACUACUUCCUAACAAAGUGUAUCUAAUGGGGGGAAAGCCACCACAAUAAAUAUAUUUGUUGAUAGUUUUUAAA